AUGAUCGCAUCACACUUCAGGCUCCUCUCCCGUCGCAUCCACACGAACCCCAUCCACUUCAACAUGGCCCCCAUCGCCACUGCCUCCUCCAGCUCCCCGAUCCGCUCGGCCUUUGCCGCCAAGGCCAGCAUCUCCACCACCAAGACCCGCAUGCUCUCCACCCGUGCUGCCCAGGUCCUCGAGUCGGUCGGCCUCCCCUCGAGCGGCGAGACCAUCCCUGGUGUCUUUGACGGCACCUGGGGCGGUUCCGGCGAGAUCAUCGAGACCACCUGCCCCGCUACCGGCGAGGUGAUCGGCCGUGUCCAGACUGCCACCGUCGACGAGGUUCGCAUCGCCAUCGCAAAGUCGGCCGAGGCUGCUCGUGCCGUCCGCGCCAUGCCCGGCCCCAAGCGUGGCGACGUUAUUCGCCAGAUUCGCGUCGCCCUCGCUGACAAGGUCGGCGAGCUCGGUGACCUCAUCUCGCUUGAGAUGGGCAAGAUCAAGAGCGAGGGCAAGGGCGAGGUUCAGGAGUUUAUCGACAUUUGCGACCACGGUGUCGGCCUCUCGCGCUCGGUUGCUGGCCGUGUCCUCCCAUCGGAGCGUCCCGACCACGUCAUCUACGAGGUCCCCAACCCUCUCGGUGUGGUCGGUAUCCUCUCGGCGUUCAACUUCCCCGUCGCUGUCUACGGCUGGAACUUUGCCAUCGCUCUUGCCACUGGUAACUCUACCAUCUGGAAGCCCUCGCCCACUACCCCCCUGUGUGCCAUCGCGGUGACCCAGAUUGUCCAGAAGGUCCUCGAGGCCAACGGCCUUCCCGGAGCCGCCGCUGCCCUCGUCACUGGUGACGUCGAGGUUGGCAAGGAGCUUGUCGCGUCCCCAGAGAUCCCCCUGGUCUCGUUCACUGGUUCCGAGCGUGUUGGCAAGGAGGUCGGCAAGAACGUCAUGGACCGCUUUGGCAAGACCAUCCUCGAGCUUGGCGGUAACAACGCCGUCAUUGUCGACGCCGACGCCGACCUGUCGCUCGCUCUCCAGGGUGUCCUCUUCGCUGCUGUCGGCACCGCCGGUCAGCGCUGCACCUCCACCCGCCGCCUGCUGCUCCACAAGAGCAUCGCCAAGGAGUUCCUCGACCGCCUCCUCCCCUUCUACGACUCGGCCACCAAGGCCCAGACCCUCGCCAUGGGCGACCCCCUGAACCCCGCCACCCUCAUCGGCCCCCUCCACUCGGAGACUUCGGUGCGCAACUACGAGAAGACUCUCGCGGACGUUACCUCGCGCGGCGGCGAGAUCCUCACCAAGCGUUCGGGCCGCAUGGCUGCCCCCGAGACCCUCCCCGAGGCCACCGGCGGCCACUGGGUCUGGCCCACCGUCGUCCGCCCCAAGCUCGACGACCCAUGCUGGCAGGAGGAGGUGUUUGCGCCCAUCCUGUACGUUGCCGAGUUUGAGACUCUCGACGAGGCCAUCAAGAUCAACAACGCCGUGCCCCAGGGUCUCUCGUCGUCGCUCUUCACCCGCUCGCUGCAGAACAUGGGCAAGUGGCUCGGCCCCGAGGGCUCGGACUGCGGUAUUGUCAACGUCAACGUCGGCACUUCGGGCGCCGAGAUCGGUGCCGCCUUUGGCGGUAACAAGUCGACUGGAUGGGGCCGCGAGUCGGGCGGUGAUGCCUGGAAGCAGUACGUCCGCUGGAGCGCGGCGACUGUCAACUACGGCAACAAGCUGCCCCUCGCCCAGGGUGUUAGCUUUGGUCCUACCGAGUAA